AUCAAGGAGCAAGAUGAUUGACCAAAAGAGGGACAGUGGAGAAACUAGUGGAUUUCUUGACCAGCAGAAUCUUCCACCAUUUGUUCUUUUGGACCCAGUAACUGUUGUAACCGACUCGGUUGUUCCCGAACACUCUGGGAAACGUAAGAAGUCAUCUCCAAAACAACAAAUCAGAAAACGAAAGAAUGAAAAAAUCCCUAACCCAAGACCCAAGAAAGUGACCCCUAAACCGAAAGCUGCAUCGACUCCGAAGGCAACUCGAAAAGGGGCAUCACAUCCACAAGAUGCCUCAACUCCGAAAGAGGCAACAAUAUUAUUGGGCUCCAAUGGAAGACAAUUGAAUGUCCUGAGUCAAACAGACGUCUACAACGGCCCAGGAGCAAAACCUAACCGAGCCCCUGUCCAUGUGGCUGACCUGAGCCAGGACCAACAGGAGCUGUUGGCAAGUCAUAUCAACAGCCAACAUUGCCACAAAGCAACGAUGACUGAGCCUGCAAUGACUUUUCUUACUGCAGAAGAGGUAGCAGGCUACGUUUGCAUAAACUAUGUGGGUAAAAAGCUUGAUGGUUUUGAAAAGAAACUUGACUCAUUUGAGAGUGUAGUACGAAGUGUUGAGAAACAGUUACGAAGGUUGGUGGCCUGUGAAGUUCUAGAGGCUGUUUCUGGUGAUGUAACUGUUCCUGAUGCGUUUGAUGUCAAUGAUGCGCCUGUCAGUGCUUGUGACGUAAAUGAUAAUUCUGUUGUGUCUUUAAGUGAUGCUGUUUGUCAUGAUGUUGUGUCUAUUGGGCAUGACAGUAUUUGUUUGUCUGGCGGCAGUGUUGUUAGUAAUGGUGUCAUGACUGUAGCUGGGUGUGAAACUAGUUGUAGAGCAAAUCCAGAUGCAUCUAUUGCUGGCAGUCUUGUAGGUCAUGAUAGUUUGUAUGUAGCAGGUGGGUUUGCAGGGUAUCAUAGUGUGUCUGAAGCAGGUGGGUUUGCAGGUCGAGAUGGUCUGUCCAUAGGAGGUGGUGUUAUAGGUACAGGUGGUUUUUCUGUAGGAGGUAGUGUUGUAGGUCGAGAUGGUCUGUCCAUAGGAGGUGGUGUUGUAGAUACAGGUGUUUUUUCUUUAGUUGGUGGUGUUGUAGGUGGAGAUGGUCUGUCCAUAGGAGGUGGUGUUGUAGGUACAGGUGGUUUUUCUGUAGGAGAUGGUGUUGUAGGUCGAGAUGGUCUGUCCAUGAAAGGUGGUGUUGUAGGUACAGGUGGUUUUUCUGUGGGAGGUGGUGUUGUAGGUGGAGAUGAUCUGUCCAUAGGAGGUGGUGUUGUAGGUACAGGUGGUUUGUCUGUAGGAGGUGGUGUUGUAGGUAGAACUGGUUUGUCUGCAGGAGGUGCAGUUGUAGGUCGAGAUGGUCUGUCCAUAGGAGGUGGUGUUGUAGGUACAGGUGGUUUUUCUGUAGGAGGUGGUGGUGUAGGUAGAAAUGGUUUGUCUUCAGGGGAUGGAGUUGUAGGUAGAAAUGGUUUGUCAGCAGGAGAUGGAGUUGUAGGUAGAAAUGGUUUGUCUGCAGGAGGUGGAGUUGUAGGUAGAAAUGGUUUGUCUGCAGGAGGUGGAGUUGUAGGUAGAAAUGGUUUGUCUUCAGGAGAUAGAGUUGUAGGUAGAAAUGGUUUGUGUGCAGGAGGUGGAGUUGUAGGUAGAAAUGGUUUGUCUGCAGGAGGUGGAGUUGUAGAUAGAAAUGGUUUGUCUGCAGGAGAUGGAGUUGUAGGUAGAAAUGGUUUGUCUGCAGGAGAUGGAGUUGUAGGUAGAAAUGGUUUGUCUGCAGGAGAUGGAGUUGUAGGUAGAAAUGGUUUGUCUGCAGGAGGUGCAGUUGUAGGUAGAAAUGGUUUGUCUGCAGGAGGUGGAGUUGUAGGUAGAAAUGGUUUGUCUUCAGGAGAUGGAGUUGUAGGUAGAAAUGGUUUGUCUUCAGGAGGUGGAGUUGUAGGUAGAAAUGGUUUGUCUUCAGGAGGUGGAGUUGUAGGUAGAAAUGGUUUGUCUUCAGGAGAUGGAGUUGUAAGUAGAAAUGGUUUGUCUGCAGGAGAUGGAGUUGUAGGUAGAAAUGGUUUGUCUGCAGGAGGUGGUGUGGUGGGUCAUGAUGGUUUAGCUGUAGGCCAUGUCAUGGAAGGUCAAGAUGUUUUUUAUGUUGGAGGUGGUCCAGUUGGUUUGGAUGUUAAUUCUGUUGGAAAUGGUGAUAUUCGAUGGGGCGUCAGGUCAAGAAGUGGUUUUUCUGAUCUAGAUGUUGUUAAUAACGGUCGUCUCUUUGAUAAUGUAAGUGAUAUGAUUUCCCCGCAUGUUGGAUAUGGUGAAAGGGAUAGGGAAUUAAACAGUGGAUUUAUUGUGUAUGAAAAUAGUAGGGAUGAUGAUAUGGAUGAUGAUUUGGGUGGUAAAAGGGUUGUGUCUGCUGAUAGGGUCCCUUUGAGGUCAAGGUUUGAGCAGCUUCCAGUGGUUAUAAGGUCAUAUAUUGAUAUGCAGUCUGUUUCAAAAAAUGCGCCUGUGAUGCUUCAUCCAGACAUUUUAGAUAGUUUGAUUACUCAACAUGACGGGAACAUAUCAAGAUUUGUGUGGGAUUUGACUAAACUUUUGUAUUCAAAUGAAGAAAUGAUAGAUAGCUCAUUCAAUGGCAAGGGAACAAGAAAAGCAUUGUCGCCGAGAAGAAAAUCGCUUAUUCUAAAUGGAGCGCAACAGGCAUUUCCUGGAGUUGGAAAAUGCACCCAGUAUAUUGCCACCGCCAUCAACAAUGGGUUAAAAAAUAAAAGAACCUAUCAGAAAAAGAACUAAAGAAGAAACUUUGGGAACUCAUUACCAGUAAUGAAUAGAGCACAGUGAGAAUUUAGCUAUGCUUUAACAAUAUGUGUUGUGAAAAGUGAUUUGUACCAGUAAAACAUUGUACGAAAUUGUCAUUUUUUUAGGAUUAAUUGGGCUUUAAUUUAAUUUUGAUACUCUUCAUUUAAAAGUAUGGCAUUGUUUAAAGUUUAGUUUACAAUAACCAGGUCCUUUUUGUUGUAUUUUAUUGUCAUUAAUUUUUUCAGUCAAAGAAUACACGAGUCUGUCUUGUAUCCUGGUUUUAUGUUUGCUUUAUUAAUUAUAUUACAUAUAAAGUAAAGUAGUUAUCCUAUCUACAAAAAAUAACCGGUUUUCCACUUGAAUGCCAGGUGUAACGUUUUGGUUCUGGGUGACCAUAUUGCACGAAUCGAGUAUGGACUUUAUUUGAUUCCUGCUGUUUAUGUGUGUAUCUUUUUAACCAUAAUUUGUCUUGAUUUGGGUUGAGUAUUGUAUUAAAAGCAUCUCCUAUUAUAUAAGUUUUAUCCAUAUUUUGCAGAAGAUGUUUUUCCAGUUUCAAAAAAACUUGUUUCAUCUUUGUUUGGUCCAUAUAUAUUUAUUAAGGUGAUUUUUUG